AUUGCUGAAAGGAAGAGGACUGAAAAUUAAUAUAAAUACGACGCGGCGAAAGAGGAGAAAGCGUAAAAAAAAGUGGCGGGAUAAAAUUGUAAGAUGGAAGAAUCUUUGAAGCGCGGGAUAAGUUGAAGAUUAUAACAAAAAAUAAAGAAAAAAAAAAAAUGCCGGAGUAGUUUUCUGGUAAGAAGAAAAAGCUCGAUUGAACUUUUUAACUCGAGGGUAUUUUUAUGUUUUAUUUAAUAUUUUGUUAAAGUAGAGCGUGGAUAGAAAUUUUAUAUUUUAUUUUUAUUUUACUUUUUUAUCGGCUAAACUUGGUGCAGUUAGAUUCAACUUUCAAGAGUCGAGUUACUAGAAUGGUAAUUUUUUAUAUUGCUAUCGCCAGUGACAAAGAUGGAUACAGACAUGAAUUUAAGUGACAAAUUGAAUUUAAUCAAGUAAAUAAACAAGGUGACGAGAGUGGUGAUUGGAUUUAAGAAGAUUUGUUUUUUAAAAUGGGCUGCGAACUUAGCAAAUUGGCCUCUUCGACGACACAGUCGAAUCAAGGUGGAAGAGAAUCACCACCUCCGCCAGCAGCUACUGAUCCGAGAUUGCCUCUGACAGCCAGGCAAAAAUUCACCAUAAUUGCCAGCUGGAAAGCCGUUGCUAGAGCUAUGGAGCCCACUGGAGUUUUCAUGUUUGUCAAGUUAUUCGAAGAUAAUACCGAGCUUCUUAAUCUAUUUACAAAGUUUCGAGAACUUAAGACAAAAGAGCAACAAACCGAGAGUAUGGAACUCGCUGAACAUGCAAAUAAGGUUAUGGAAACUUUAGACGAGGGCAUUAAAAGUCUUGAUGAUAUGGAUGUCUUUCUAACAUAUCUUCAUCAAGUUGGUGCGUCUCAUACCAAAAUACCUGGAUUCAACAGACAAUAUUUUUGGAAAAUAGAAACACCGUUUUUGGAGGCUGUUAAACGUACCCUUGAGGAUCGCUACACGGAUAACGUCGAGACCAUAUACAAGCUCACGAUAAAGUUCAUAAUAGAGACGCUGAUCGAUGGGUUUGAUAAAGCCCAAAAGUAAAUAUAUACAGAGAUAUAUAUUGAAUUAAAUAAUAAUAACAUCCACACAAUGCCAAAUGUUGAUUUUUUUUCUACAUUUUAUUGGAGCAUUUAUAAAAAUGUGCGACGUACUUUUAAAAAAAAAAAUUACGUAAUAAAAUGGUCCAAUUUUACGACUAAGACUUAAUCUGCACGGAUACAUUCUAGUCAAUUCCAUGUAUUAUUACUUGUAUUAAUAUAACUAUUUUUACGAUCGAUUUGUGGCAUAAAUACUUGAGCGAAAAAAGAAGAAAUAAAAUAAUAAAAUUAAGAAACUAUAAAUUGAUGACUUGUCUGCAGUCGACACGCUCGAGUGUGUGCUAAUAAUUAAUAAUUAUACACUUAAGUUAAAUAAUUAUAGGUAAAUACAUUUGUGCGUGAGUGCGUGUCUGAUAGAGUGGAUGAAUAUUUUAAGUUUUUUUUUUUUUUUUUUUUUUUUUUUAAUAAUUUUAUAAUUAAUUUAUGUGUUGACGAUAAAAUAAUGAGCCGAAUUAUUUAUUUACUAACUACUGGAUUAGUAGUAAUAAUCGAGGGAAGAAAUGUACUUAAAAAAUAAAGACAUGCGUGGGUUUAUCCCCUCGCUACAAUGUCAAUUUAUAAUGGGGUCUUCUAACUAAACUAAACAAAA